AUGGCUCCCGCAAGCUCCAAAGCCAACUACAAGUCGUACGAGGCUCAGGCGCGCAUGGUCCGCGCCAUUGUAGCCGCCCAUCCCGACGUCAAAUGGAACUAUAAAGAAAUAUCGGCGUGCUACGGCUCGGACAUGACUGAGCAUGCCCUCAACCACCGCUUCCGUCGUCUGCGCGCCCAGGCCCUCAUCAUCCACGAGGCGCGUGCCGCGGGGCUCGACAUGAAGGACAUGAUGGCCCCUGAUGACCUCCCGAACACCAAGGAAGCCGUGGACAAGAACAACAUCGCCAAAUACUUUGGCCAGUCCACCCCGGACGGCAUCCAGUUCCAGUUCCGAGGCAUCAAGCACGACGCCGACAAGCUCCGCGCCGUCGAGGCCGCGGGCGGCGACGUCGCCAACUGCCUCAACGCCGGCGCCGCGGCCACGCCCGUGUCCACGCCCUCCAAGCCGACCCCGGCCCGCGGCGGCACCGGCGGCACCCGCUCCGGAACGGGCCGCAAGCGCACCCGCCUCCCCGUCAAGCGCUCCUCGUCCGACGACGACGACGAUAAGGAAGACGACGCCGGCGGCGCUGGGGACAACUGGAGCGACCGCGACGACACGCCCUCGAAGCGCGCAAAGGGCGCUGCGGGCCAGAAGACCGCCACGCCCCGCCGGGCUGCCCAGAAGGCAAACGUUACGAUCGCAGAUGCCGCGGCCCAGCUCCGGGACAGCGAGUCGCCCGUCCCAAUCGACGCCCCCGUCGGCCUUGCCGCGCCGCGCCGCCCUUCCAUCUUUGGGCCCGUCGACCCGCCCAAGCUCGCCGUCGGCAGCUCCGAUCCCUACAUGGGCCGCGGCUCCCUUCCCGACGGCCUCUGGAGCUCGGCCAUGGACAUGGACGACGGCUACGGCGAUGGCGAGAUCUGA